ACCUAUUGAAGAUUGAAGGUUAUAUCUACUGUGUACAGAAACACAAACUACUUCAAUUAAUAAAUAAUAUUUAGUAUCGUAGUAAAUGCAAAUAUUACGAAGCUUCCACGUGGCGAAGACUUAUUGGCGGACUUGGAGUGAUUUUCACCAAUUUUGACCAACAUUAAAACUCCAAUUAGCUUAAUCGACGAUUAAAAUGCUUUGUUAAGUAGAUAGUCAAUGAAGAAGAGAUUUUCCAGGGACAAAGAUACUGUUACUAGAAAGCGCACAUUCCUAUUGGGUAUCGGCGUAUAUAAAUAUUUUACUAUCAAGUAAACAGAACGUAGCGAGUGUAGCGACUGUAGCGUGUGACUCAAACGUCAAACGCCGAGAACCGACGGAGACGAUCGUUUGUUAUAACUGUCUGGCAUUAAUCAGUAUCACGUCGAAAAAUGUCGGCGAUGUUGACUGCCGAUUGGUUUCCCCUGGGACGAGACGUAUACUUUCGCAAAUUCGAGCUGUACCCGAUAUCCUUCCAGUACGAGAUUUCCAGCAACAAUUUGUUAGUGGCGGCUCCAUACGGGGGCUCCAUCGCUGUAACGAGAAACCCGAAGAAACUCGUCAAAGUCCAAGGGGCUAACAAGCCUUUAAUAUUGCUGUACACAUCGUCAGGAAAACCGACAGCCAAGCUGCAAUGGAGCAGUGGACAACUGAUAUCGUUCGGCUGGUCCCAGCAAGAAGAAUUGUUGUGUGUGCAAGAUGAUGGCAUGGUUCUCAUAUAUGACAUGUUCGGAACUUAUCAGCAUACCUUUAGCAUGGGAAAUGCAGCCAAAGAUACUAAAGUUAUCGAUGCAAAGUUCUUCACGACAUCUAAUAGUACUGGGAUAGCCGUUUUGACGUCUACCAAUCGUAUAUUUCUAGUGAACAAUGUGUCUGAACCUAAAGUCCGACCAAUCACUGAUAUGCCAAGUAAAUAUAUUAAAUAUAACAUAUUUGUACGGGUUCUCCUUGAAUUUUCACUGUUAUCACAAUUUUUACUUCUAGGAUAUCCAAUUGAUUGUUGGUGCAUGGUACAUUGCGACAGGGAGACACAAGUAAUUUUGUCAAAUAGAGAAGGAAUAUUUGUAAUUCAUCAGUCCCAUCCAAACACUUAUUCAUUUAGCAAUCUCUUCAGUAAUAAGAUCAAUAAUGUGAUAGCGAUAGCUGUGUCCACCAAUAAUCGACACAUUGCGCUUUAUUCCGAUACUGGACAUUUGUACAUUGGUUCGAUAGACUUUAGAGAGAAGUAUUGUGAAUGUUAUACGAAUAUGAAGGAACCUUUUGCAAAUAUAGCUUGGUGUGGUACGGAAGCCGUAGUGUGCAGCUGGAACAGUACGAUAAUGGUGGUGGGCCGUACAGCUGAUACUAUAGUAUACAAUUACGAUGGUCCAGUACACUUGGUCACAGAGAUUGACGGAGUACGUGUGUUGUCAAGUAGUUCGCACGAAAUGAUACAGAAAGUACCAAACGUCGUCCAAAGAAUAUUUAGAAUCAACUCGACGGAUCCUGCUUCCUAUCUCCUAGAAGCUUCUAAGCAGUUUCAGAAGAAAAGCCACAAGGCCGACAGUUAUAUAGAUUUAGUGAAGGAUAAGCUGGACUCGGCGAUAAAAGCGUGUAUUGACGGUGCGAGUCACGAAUUUGAUUUCGAAACGCAAAAGAUUCUGAUGAGAGCUGCCAAGUUUGGAAAAGGAUUCAGCAAAACGAUAGAUUCAGAAUAUUACGUUCAAAUGUGCAGGAUUUUGAGAGUCUUGAAUGCAGUGAGACAUCCUGCUGUGGGGAUUCCGUUAACAUAUACGCAAUUUAAUAUUCUCACAAAUCAAGUGCUAUUAGAUCGGCUGGUAGCACGAAGACAUUAUUAUUUAAGUAUACAAGUAGCGCGUCACUUGCAAUUACCCGAGAUUGAUGGAGAAAGUAGAAUAUUAGCACAUUGGGCUUGCUACAAAGUGAAACAAACGCAGUUAGAUAAGGAACAAAUAGCAGAGGAGAUCGCUGAUAAAUUAGGAUACGCUCCUGGUGUUUCAUAUAGCGAAAUCGCGAAAAGAGCGGCGGAUUGCGGACGAAAGCAAUUGGCCAUAAAAUUAAUCGACUACGAACCGCGUGCACGUCAACAAGUACCCUUGCUGUUAACACUUGGCGAGGAGCGUGCUGCUCUGCAUAAAGCAGUCGAAAGCGGCAAUACGGAUUUAGUCUAUACUGUCAUUCUUCAUCUCAGGGAAAAUAUGACUCUCGGAGAUUUUCAAAUGUCCAUAAUGCAUUGUCCUCUGGCAAUGGCAUUGUAUAUUAAAUAUUGUCAGAGCCAUAAUAGAGAGACAUUGCGUGAUAUUUACAAUCAGUACGACGAUUUCCAUUCGCAAGCGGUGUGGUUUAUCACCGAGAGUUAUCAAAGAAAGAACACGAUGUCGAGAGAUGCAUUACUGCAGUCUGCUCAGGAAAAUUUCAGAUUAGCUCGUAAUGAUACUAACGCGUCAUUAACAGAAGAACAGAUAAAACUGUUGAAGUAUCAGAGAUCUUUAGAGGAUACGCUACACGAAUCGAUAGUAGGAAAGCCUCUGCACGAUACUGUAAAAAUAUUAUUAUUGCGUAACGAAUUGAAAUUAGCGGAUAAAUUACGAUCAGAGUAUAAAAUACCAGAUCGGAGAUAUUGGUGGUUAAGAAUACAAUGCCUAGCGGAACAAGGCUUAUGGAAUGAUUUGGAAAAGUUCUCCAAAAGUAAAAAGUCUCCCAUUGGCUACGAGCCGUUUAUAGAUGAAUGCCUGAAGUAUAACGAAAAAUUAGAAGCAAGGAAAUACUUAGCCAAAGUUAAAGAUGAUCUUAAAGUAAAAUAUCUAGUGAAGUUAAAUUUGCUUAGCGAAGCGGCGCAAACAGCGUACGAACAAAAGGAUGCUUCGGCUCUCACAUUUGUGUUGGCACAAUGCGGAUCGUCAGACAGACAAUUCGUGGACAAGAUCAAUAUGUUACUAGCUAGUCUUAAAAAUUAAGGUUUUUUUUUUUAAGGUCAUUUUAUAAGAUGCAUUUACAUAUAUAAUUCAGAUAACGUAACAUUUGACAAGAAUAGUGAUUUUAGAAUAAUUUUACAGAUCAGUGAACAUCUAAGACAUAACUUAUCGAGAUUGGUAACAUAGUAUAUUACUUAUUCCAAUAAGAAAUAUACAUCUUGCUUUAAUUAAUAUCAAUAAAAAAUUUGAAUCCGCU